UUUCAGUGUCUUAUCAUCCUCCUUCAGUGGUUUUGCACAACAAAAUUAUUCAGUAUGGCAGCCCACAGGGUAGCAUGUUUAGGGUUAAAUGCCCUUUACUCCUCUGUCUGCGCCCCAAAGCAGGCCCUGAGGAGCUGCUGGGGGGCGGUGGAGCAGGUGAGGGGAUACUAUGUCGACUGGAGGAUGCUGAGGGACGUCAAGAGAAGACAGAUGGCUUUUGACUAUGCUGAUGAGAGGCUGCGCAUCAAUGCACUGAGGAAGAACACCAUCCUUCCCAAAGAGCUUCAGGAGUUGGCAGAUAAAGAAAUUGCAGCUUUACCAAGGGACAGCUGCCCUGUGAGAAUACGCAACAGGUGUGUGAUGACUUCCAGACCUCGUGGAUUGAAGCGGAGGUGGCGACUAAGCAGAAUUGUCUUCCGUCACCUAGCUGACAACAACCAGAUGUCCGGGAUUCUGAGGGCAAGGUGGUGACUGCGGAUCCAUUGGACACGACAGUCGGAUUGGAUCAUGAAAAACAAGCUGAUUCAGUGGUUAUUGUCAGAAGAGCAGGACAUCAGCAUUCAAUACAGACAUGUUUUGGCCUUUUUAGUGUCUGGAGUCUUUAGAGGUAUUGACUGUAAUAAAACAGUUCCAACACUACCCACAAAAGCCUGGAAGGUGUUCUGUUUAAAGUGAAUCCACUGAGAUGACCGCAGCAUAUCUUCAGUAUUCUGUAUGUGCUGAGGAAGACCUGAUUACAUCUGUUCUGUAGAUUAUGUUUGUCCCAGUCAGUAAGUUGCUUUGCUUUCUUAUGGCACUUCCAAAUAGGAAAAACAGCAAAAUACAUACUAUUUAAAGAGAACGUUGUGACUCCUCAGGGGAGUAAAUGUCCAUGUUUCUUAAGAAAGAAAUGGAUGAAUAAAUAUUGUUUUACAUUAAUAA